GCAACAAAGAAAGGCUAUUGGGUAGCAGUGGAGGUGCUUGAUGUUAUCAGCAGAUUCAAUUACAGCGGCCAAACAGAAAAAUGUUAUAAAUCUGUAUUAAAUAAUAAGCCAAGAGGGUGAUACAAGCAAAGCGAGAAAGCAUUGUUAGAAUCCACGUAGAUACGCGCUUAUGGGUGGGCAUUACGUCAUUAUUUAACCUUCAAAUCAAAUUGGCCACGUUUAUAAGAUAGCAGAGAUGGACUUGGAUUGAAUGGAGGGAGCGAAAGAUAUAGAGUAUUAGAGAAAGAGAAAGAAGUCAUGGGAGAUGGGAGAAAAUACCCAGAAACAUAAUAUUCUUCUUCUUCUUUCUUACAUGCAAAAGGCUCACGAGCCAUUGAUCAUUACUUGACUUUUUUUUAAGGAAGUUGAAAGAAUUAUUGCCGUUGAUUUCAUGUGGGUUUUAUGUUGAUGGGAGAUGCGGAGAGUUGCAGUAGUAGAGCUGUGGAUUUUUCACCCAGUCAGUGUAGAAAGCAGAGACAGAAAGUUGAAGUUUAUGAGGAGGUUCUUUGUAGUCUAAAAGAAACAAAUGAACAAGAGACAAGGCAGCCUGGUUUUGAAGAUGAAUUAUGGACUCAUUUUUAUCGACUCCCCAAAAGGUAUGCACUGGACGUGAAUGUGGAGAGGGCAGAAGAUGUUCUCAUGCACAAAAGAUUACUGGAUAUGGCACAUGACCCUGCAACUAGACCUGCAAUUGAAGUCCGGCUUGUGCAGGUGGAUUCUGCUUCUUCAAGUCGUUUAAGUGAGUCGGUUCAUUCAAACUCUCAGAGAAAAUUGGAUACCGUACAUUCUGGCUACUUCAACAACCACAGCACGCAUCCACCUCCUGCCUUUGGUUCAUCACCAGAUCUAGAGCUUGUGAAUGUAGCAAACAGAUCUGAUGAUCAAGAUAAGGAUGAUACCAUGAGUUCCCAUCAAUUUAACCCUAGGCUAAUGCAUGAAAUUACAAUCUCAACAAGUGACAAGCCAAAACUUCUCAGUCAGCUGACGUCCUUACUGUCUGACAUUGGGUUGAACAUUCAAGAAGCACAUGCAUUUUCCACUAUAGAUGGCUACUCCUUGGAUGUGUUUGUUGUUGAUGGUUGGUCACUUGAGGAAGCUGAGGAUCUGAGAAAUGUGCUGGUAAAGGAGAUAGCAAAGGUUGGGGAGCAUCUGCAUGGUGUAUCUCAUGCUGGAAAGCAAGAACAAACCAGAAUCUACCAUGUGAAUUUACCUACUGAUGGAAUUGAUGUUUGGGAAAUUGAUGCAAGCCUGUUGACAUAUGAAUAUAAAAUUGCAUCUGGAUCAUAUAGUGAUUUGUAUAAAGGUACAUUCUAUAGCCAAGAUGUGGCUAUUAAAGUUCUAACAGCAGAGCAUCUAAAUGAAAAUUUGCAGAAUGAAUUUGCUCAAGAAGUCUAUAUUAUGAGGAAAGUUCGGCACAAAAAUGUUGUUCAGUUCAUUGGUGCGUGUACUAGACCUCCAAGGCUGUGCAUUGUGACAGAAUUCAUGUCUGGCGGAAGCAUGUAUGACUUUCUGCAAAAACAGAAGGGUGGUUUUGAGCUUCCAUCCUUGCUCAGAAUUGCAAUUGAUGUUUCCACGGCAAUGAAUUAUUUGCACCAAAACAAUAUAAUUCAUAGGGACCUGAAAACUGCCAAUCUUCUAAUGGAUGAAAAUGGAGUUGUUAAGGUUGCCGAUUUUGGUGUUGCUAGAGUUCGAGAUCAGUCUGGAGUGAUGACUGCAGAAACCGGGACAUAUCGCUGGAUGGCACCAGAGGUGAUUGAGCAUAGACCAUAUGAUCACAAAGCUGAUGUUUUCAGCUUCGGCGUUGUGCUAUGGGAGCUUCUCACUGGAAAGCUUCCAUACGAGGACUUGACCCCCUUACAAGCAGCAGUUGGCGUGGUCCAGAAGGGUAUAAGGCCUCCAAUUCCUAGGCAUACUCAUCCAAAGUUCAUGGAAUUACUUGAAAGAUGCUGGCAGCAGGACCCAUCUUUGAGACCUGAAUUCUCAGAAAUCUUAGAAUUUUUGCAGUACUUGGCGAGGAGCAGGUUGCAGAAGAAAAAAGGGAUAGCCGAAGAAUAAGUUAUCAGGAAGAGUUUGUAACAGUGUUUACACAAGGCAGCCAUUGGAGUGGCAUGAAAAUAUGGAGAUUCUGUUAAUCCGCUCUAGACUUCUUUCUGUAGAUAUAUAAAAUAUAUAUAUAAUACUAGAAUAGGGGCUUAUUUAGUUAUGUCAGAUAUUUGAGUAUUUACCCCUGUUUUCAAACCUUGGACUAGCCUUAACCCAAUCAAGAGGUCAAUUUACGUCAAUGUUGGUCUGAUUGCUAGUCGAAUCAAUCACAUAUUAAAUAAAUAUUUUAACAAUGUUCAAUUAAAUAAAAUUAUGAUAUGAUGGUUUGUAGUGCAA